CGCUCACGAACGAACGCUCUUGUUCCCACGCCCACCUACCUCUCUUUACGCUUGCGUCGAAUCCAGUAGAGGAGUACGCGUGCAAGCAACAGUGCUUGCUGGAUUGGUAGGGCAGGCUGCACAGACCCGAACCCUCACAACGCACAACACGAAAGUGCAACCAUGUCUUGGCUCUUUGGAUGGGGCAGAGGCUCUGGAACACCUCCUCCAGAAGACGAGACACCAUCGCCAGCUGAUGGGGGGUCGGGAGGCAGCGGCGGAGGCGCUACACCCAAGGACAAGUGGAGUAACUUCGAUCCCACUGGAUUGGAAAGGGCUGCAAGAGCGGCCAGAGAACUCGACAAAUCGCGAAAUGCUAAAGAGGCACUGGCAUUAUCACGCAUGCAAGAGCAAACGCUGCUUAUGGAGCAUCAAACCAAGCUGAAGGAAUAUGAAGCAGCAGUAGAGCAACUGAAAACAGACCAAAUCCGUGUCCAGGGAGAGGAGAGGAGGAAGACCCUUGGGGAGGAGACCAAGCAAAAUCAAGCUAGAGCACAGUAUCAAGAUAAGCUGGCUAGACAGAGGUACGAUGACCAGCUACGGCAACAGCAACUCCUCAAUGACGAGAGUCUUCGCAAACAGGAAGAGUCAGUCAAUAAACAGGAAGCAAUGCGAAGAGCCACCAUUGAACAUGAGAUGGAUCUCAGGCACAAGAAUGAGAUGUUGCGCGUGGACGCCGAGGCCAAGGCACGUGCCAACGUGGAGAGGGAGAAUGCCGACAUCAUCCGUGAGCAGAUCCGCCUGAAGGCAGCCGAGCACAGGCAGACUGUGCUGGAGUCCAUCAGAACUGCCGGUGCUGUGUUUGGAGAAGGCUUUCAAGCCUUUGCUACCGACUGGGAUAAAGUCACUGUUACUGUGGCAGGAUUGUCUCUGCUGGCAGUGGGUAUUUACUCGGCGCGCAACGCCACGGGGGUGGCUGCCCGCUACAUUGAGGCGCGCCUGGGAAAGCCCUCGCUGGUCAGAGAGACCUCCAGGAUUAGUACCGGCGAGGCAAUAAAGCAUCCCGUCAAGACCACCAAGCGCGUGUUCAGCAAAGCCACGGAUGCCCUGGAAGGAGUUGUGCUGAAUCCUGGCCUGGAGGCGCGUGUUCGUGACAUUGCCAUUGCCACACACAACACACGCAAGAAUCGCGGCCUCUACAGAAACAUUCUCAUGUAUGGGCCCCCCGGCACCGGCAAAACCCUCUUUGCCAAGAAACUGGCUCUGCACUCUGGGAUGGAUUACGCCAUCAUGACCGGGGGAGACGUGGCGCCCAUGGGAAGAGAGGGCGUCACUGCCAUGCACAAAGUCUUUGAUUGGGCUAGUACUAGCCGGCGCGGCCUCCUGCUCUUUGUGGAUGAAGCAGAUGCUUUCCUGCGCAAGAGAUCGACCGAAACGAUAAGCGAAGACCUCCGAGCAACCCUCAACGCAUUCCUCUACCGCACCGGAGAGCAGAGCAACAAAUUUAUGUUGGUGUUGGCCAGUAACCAGCCUGAACAGUUUGACUGGGCCAUAAACGACCGUAUUGAUGAGAUUGUCAACUUUGCCCUUCCUGGACUGGAGGAGAGAGAGAGGCUGGCGCGGCUCUACUUUGACAGAUACGUGCUCGGCCCUGCCUCUUCAGGCCGACAGAGGCUGAAGCUGGCCCAGUUUGACUAUGGCCAGAAGUGUACGGAUAUUGCUAAAUUGACGGAUGGCAUGUCAGGCCGUGAAAUAUCGAAACUUGGUGUGGCCUGGCAGGCGGCUGCGUACUCAUCGGAGGACGGAGUCCUGACAGAAGCCAUGAUUGAUGCACGGGUCACUGACGCAGUCCAGCAGCACAUGCAGAAGAUGGACUGGCUGCAUACAGAAGGGCCCACAGAGAUCUUGGGCAAGGUUGGCAUCAUUUUGCCAAAGGAGGCAGUGGCAGAUGGCCCUAGUCAGAUAGGAUUCACUGCAGCCCAGGAGGUCCUUCCUCCUGCCCAGGACUCUGCUCCUGUCAUUCAGGCAAUUCUCCCAGUCAUGGAGGCAGUCAUGGCACAUGAUCAGGCCGUUUCUGAAGUUAAGGCGGCUGAAGCAGAAGCAGUGCCACUUGUAGAUGCAGCCCCUCUUGCUGCCCCAGCUAUCAAAGAGGGAGAAGUGCUGGAGGCUCCUGUUGGAACUGCAGUGGCUGAACCACUGGUGCAGGAAGCUGAGGCUCCAGCUGUCAAGGAGUUGGAGGCUGCUGCAUCCAUUCCCAUCGUGCAGGAAGUAGACAUCACUGCAGAGGUAAAGGAAGUGGAGACUGCUCCUUUAACUAAAGAAGAGCCAGCGAUCACUGAGGUCGCAAAGGAGGCUGAAGCUCCAGUGGUUGAGGUCGCAAAGGAGGCUGAAGCACCACUGACUGAUGUCGCAAAGGAGGCUGAAGCUCCAGUGGUUGAGGUCGCAAAGGAGGCUGAAGCCCCAGUGGCCGAGGUCGCAAAGGAGGCUGAAGCCCCAGUGGCGGAGGUCGCAAAGGAGGCUGAAGCACUAGUGGCUGAGGUCGCAAAGGAGGUUGAAGCCCCAGUGGCCGAGGUCGCAAAGGAGGCUGAAGCACCAGUGGCCGAGGUCGCAAAGGAGGUUGAAGCCCCAGUGGCGGAGGUCGCAAAGGAGGCUGAAGCACCAGUGGCGGAGGUCGCAAAGGAGGCUGAAGCACUAGUGGCUGAGGUCGCAAAGGAGGCUGAAGCACCAGUGGCCGAGGUCGCAAAGGAGGUUGAAGCCCCAGUGGCUGAGGUCGCAAAGGAGGCUGAAGCCCCAGUGGUUGAGGUCGCAAAGGAGGCUGAAGCACUAGUGGCUGAGGUCGCAAAGGAGGCUGAAGCACCAGUGGCCGAGGUCGCAAAGGAGGUUGAAGCCCCAGUGGCUGAGGUCGCAAAGGAGGCUGAAGCCCCAGUGGUUGAGGUCGCAAAGGAGGCUGAAGUACCAGUGGCUGAGGUCGCAAAGGAGGCUGAAGCUCCAGUGGCCGAGGUCGCAAAGGAGGCUGAAGCCCCAGUGGUUGAGGUCGCAAAGGAGGCUGAAGUACCAGUAGCCGAGGUCGCAAAGGAGGCUGAAGCACUAGUGGCUGAGGUCGCAAAGGAGGCUGAAGCACCAGUGGCCGAGGUCGCAAAGGAGGCUGAAGCUCCAGUGGUUGAGGUCGCAAAGGAGGCUGAAGCCCCAGUGGUUGAGGUCGCAAAGGAGGCUGAAGCCCCUGUGGCUGAGGUCGCAAAGGAGGCUGAAGCCCCUGUGGCUGAGGUCGCAAAGGAGGCUGAGGUCGCAAAGGAGGCUGAAGCCCCUGUGGCUGAGGUCGCAAAGGAGGCUGAGGUCGCAAAGGAGGCUGAAGCCCCUGUGGCUGAGGUCGCAAAGGAGGCUGAGGUCGCAAAGGAGGCUGAAGUACCAGUGGCUGAGGUCGCAAAGGAGGCUGAAGCUCCAGUGGUUGAGGUCGCAAAGGAGGCUGAAGCCCCAGUGGUUGAGGUCGCAAAGGAGGCUGAAGUACCAGUAGCCGAUGUCGCAAAGGAGGCUGAAGCUCCAGUGGUUGAGGUCGCAAAGGAGGCUGAAGCCCCAGUGGUUGAGGUCGCAAAGGAGGCUGAAGCUCCAGUGGCCGAGGUCGCAAAGGAGGCUGAAGCCCCAGUGGCCGAGGUCGCAAAGGAGGCUGAAGCUCCAGUGGCUGAGGUCGCAAAGGAGGCUGAAGCUCCAGUGGCUGGGGUUGCAAAGGAGGCUGAAGCACCAGUGGCUGAACCUGAGGACAAAACCAAGCCCCAAACUAAAGACCCAAAGGAUGGUAAAGGCAAGGGCAGCUCAUGCACAAUAUCAUAAACAUUGAGAGACUUUCAUUUCUAAGACUGGAGGUGGAGGGGGGGGGGGGGGGGGAUCAAAUGACACAAAUGAAACGGGGAAUGUGAAAUGGUACAGACUUCAGGGUGAUAUCUGGUUUGAUUAUUAGCUGCUUGUUGAUUAUGGGGAUGAUGCAAAGUAGUAAGGUGGGUUUGGGGGUUCAAUGUGGAUAGGGUGGAUGCAAGUCAUCAAAGUAAAAGGGAGAAACUUGUUCAGCUACGUUGUCAACACGUCUACAGAACAAAGCUGCACUCUAAUUUUCUUAGAGGCAAUGCAACACUGUUUUACCCUUUCAGCUGCCCAAUUCACUUGGACUCUUUUGAAAGUUAACUUGGAAGAUACCCAGAGAAUAGCUUGUGGAUCAAAGCCUACAGCAUACAAUAGAAAAUGUAUGCAAAAGUAUACAGCAUUGUUUGAGUUUAUCCCAGGUUGCUUUUUCUGUAUUGAAUAUAAAUGAGCUACUUCUUCCCAAUGGACAUGGAACCACUGUGCCUUCAGGAGUUCAGUGAAGGCUAACUGCUAUCUAAAAAGUGGUGAUGUGGUCAGUUGACUAUUGCCUGAACCUCUUACUAAUCUGUCUGCAUUCAAAUGCAUGUGAAGGCAGGAAUUUCAAACUGACCAUUUUGCCAUGUUGCCAGUAACCAGAGUAAAUACCCAGAAGGCAUAUAUGUUUUGUUAUGCUGUUCUUUUUUUACCAUCAGUGUGUUCCUCAUGCCACUUUUUGUGAUCGUGCCUGUGUGAAUCUCCUGAAUGAAUUCAGAAUCUAUCAGUGACCUCUCUUGAGUUAUGUACUAUAUUGUGGUUACCCUCACCUGGUAACUAAUGAAAUGAGGAAUGUGAAUGGUGACCUAUUCUCUCACACACACACACACACACACACGCACAGGACAUGUAGUAUAUGUAGUAUAAAACCAUACUGGGAAAUGUAUGUCAUUGUUUCAACAAUGCAAAGAUAUUUUCUUCCCCCUCAUUCUAUCAUCAUGAGAGCGCCAAUUGUACGGUUUCAUUUUCAAUUCCAUCUCACAGGGGUCACACAUGGGUCCUAUUUAUGGUUGGGGGGCUUUGUCUAGUGUUUAGAUGUUGUAGUGAGUUUGGUUUCCAAAAAAUUAUGUGUGCCUUACUUUAUUUCAAUUUUUCUGGUGUAAAUGUUUUUGUCUAAAUGGAUUUAAUAAAAUCUUAUUUCUGCCUCUUUUGAAAAUAAAUUUUCAAAGUUG